GAGCUGCUGAACCCGGAAACAGAAUCACAGUUUGAUUGACAGCUGCAGAAAACACGGCGCAUCUUCACAGGAGCGAAUGAAAGAUUAAUUUAAUUAUGAUACAUUUAUCGAUCACUUCAUCAUUGAGAUUGUGAGGGAUGUCUUUGGCUCAGCGCGUCCUGCUCACCUGGAUCUUCAGCCUCAUCUUCCUCAUUCUGCUCGUGCUGAAGUUGGACGGGAAGGUGAAAUGGAGCUGGUUCUGGAUUUUUCUGCCCGUCUGGAUCUUUGACAGCGUGCUGCUGUUGAUGUUGGGUGUGAAGGUGGCCGGUCGCUGUCGGGCGGGGUUUGACCCGCGGCUGAAGGUGUGGUACCUGCUCGCACUGAUGAUGAAGGUGGGCUUCUGUCUCACACUGUGCGCGCGCCUGGAGCAGCUCACUCACCUGCGGCUCAUCUUCACCUGUGUGCCGCUGUGGACGCUGCUGACCGGAGCGAUCAUUCAACUGGGAUACAAUAUACUGCCACCGCGGACAGACUGACUCAAGAACAUCAGCUUUUAAAGCUGUUAAGAUGCUUUUGGACUCAUUAUACAGUUUUAGUGAAGCGUGUAUCGGACUGUUCCACAGUCAAUGUUGAGGUUUUCUGUAAAUUAUCGUACAUAUGUGCUUGUAUUUGAUUGCAGUCACUUAGUUUCCUGUAGUUCAACACAUUUUAGUAAAUGUAAUCUUUGAAUGCAGUGCAAGUCGCUUUGGGUAAAAGAGUCAUUUUACUUGUAAUUGUACUCAUUUCAAUGUAGGGUUAUUAAAGUGUUCAGUGAGUGAAACGCAAAAGAAUGAUUUCACAAUGAAGCUGCUAUCAAAAUAUGAAUUUCAGCAACUGAAGUUACAAAUCAUACUCAUCCUUCACUCGGAAACAUAUGGAGACAGAGUGAUCGCUCGUCUAUUUAUGAAUCGUAUUUAUGAUUUAUGAAUUGGAUUUGAGCUGUGCGUUUCUGGAUUGUAUUCAGAAAUCAGUUACCGUAGUCAGCGUGUUGAGUGCAGGAGAAAUGGGCAGAAGACCUGAGUGACUUUGACAAGGGCCAUAUUGUUAUGGCCAGACGACUGGGUCAGAGCAUCUCUGAAAUGGCAAGACUUGUGGGGUGCUCCCGGUCAGCAGUGGUGAGUACCUACCGACAGGGACAUAAGUCACAGAAGAUUUUAAGGAUGGUUACAGGAGGAAUGUGUCACAACACACGGUGCAGCGGCGCCUGCUGUGUAUGGUGCUGCAUAGCCGCAGACCGGUCAGAGUGCCCAUGAUGACCCCUGUCCAUCUUUUAAAGUGCAUACAAUGGGCACACGAGCAGUCGAAGAAGGUCGCCUGGUCCGAUGAGUCCCGUAUCUUUUACAUCACAUGGACGGCCGUGUACGUGUGCGCCGUUUACCUGAGAAAGUGAUGGCACCAGGAUGCACUGUGGGAAGACGACAAGCCAAUGGAGGGAGUGUGAUGGGGAAACCCUGGGCGUCAAUAUGACAUGUGCCACCUACCUAAACAUAACUGCAGACCAGGUACACCCCUUCAUGGCAAUAGUAUUCCCUGAUGGAAGUGUCCUCUUUCAGCAGGAUAAUGCGCCCUGCCACACUGCACACAUUGUUCAGGAAUGGUUUGAGGAACAUGAUGAAGAGUUCAAGGUGUUGACUUGGCCUCCAAAUUCCCCAGAUCUCAGUCUGAUUGAGCAUCUACGGGAUGUGCUGGACCAACAAGUCCGAUCCAUGGAGGCUCCACCUCGCAACUUACAGGACUUAAAGGAUCUGCUGCUGACUUCUUGGUGCCAGAUACAACAGGACACCAUCAGAGGUCUUGUGGACUCCGUGCCUCGGUGCCGUUUUGGCGGCACAAGGGGGACCUACACAAUAUUAGACAGGUGG